AUGAAAGUCCUAUUCCCCUUGUUGCAGGUCCUAUUGACAUCGCUCGUGCUGUCGACAAUCGGCAGUGCCGCUGCCGAUGACGGCGACUGUAGCCCAGCGGAAGGCACCUGCCGAGUCUACAAUAUUCUGGGCAAGCCAGAGGAAUACACGGAAUCAACAGUUCCUGGCGUCAAACUGGCGGUUCGUCGUUGGACGCCUGAUGAUGUCAAAAGUGUAGUCCUUUUCGCCCACGGAGGUACGUACGGCGCUGGUUUUCACUCGGGGUACUCGGAUAUCAUGGGUAAAUCUUUUCAAGAGGCCGGGAUUGCUGUGAUUUCAUAUGACGUUGCUGGCAGUGGUUACAGCGAUGGGCUGAAGGAUAAGAACGGGAAUACUCUUCGAAACUAUUUUGACUCCAUGGAUACACUCACCAAUGACUUCACGAAGGUUUUGAACGACGUUCGAUCACAGUAUCCGACCAAGAAAGUUUUCGCGGUUGGAGAAAGCUUUGGAUGCAAGAUACUGUUGGCCCAGAUAAUGAAGGAACAAGAACAGAGCAAAGGAAGUCUAGCUGAUGGCUACGUGUUUAGUGGCCCCGUUGUGCAGUUGUUGCCGGAAAUGUUGCCUCCAAAACCAGUCAUUGCCGUGAUGUCUUUCAUCGCCAAGUUCUUCCCAAUGUUGACCAUGCCAGGUACAGACUUUUUCAGUACCUUCGACCUCGCCUUUGGGGACAAAGCUUGGGCACAAACAGGACGUCAUGACCCGUUUGUAAUCGAAGCCGCUUCUAUUCCUCCCAAACUCGGCAUGAUCAUAUCUGUCCUCAACAGCUUAAAAAAGUUGAACGAUUCCUUAGAGACAAUUGGGGUCCCGUUCAAGAUUUUUGUGGGUGAAAAUGAAGGCCGCGUGGACGUGGACGCAAUCAAACGUCUUGCCAAAGUCGCAAAGUCGACAGACAAGGAUAUCGAAAUCGUGCCGGGUGCCUACCACCAACUCUUCCAGGACCUCCCCGAGGUAACGCAGCUUGUUUGCCGUCAUAUUCAAGAGUGGAUCCUGGCUCGAUCAUGA